AUAAAAGUCCGCCACGAGCUAUCUUUGGCCUCAUUAUAGAAGUGGCUGCCGAUGAGGGUGGUGAAGUGACCCACAAAUGGAUUGACCCAGUGUAUAGUGCCAGUGCAGUGACAUGAUGAGUCCGUUAGUACUUUUGCUUGCUUUCGUUCUGGUCGGCGACGUAAGGGCCAUUGUGGAACUGGACUGUAACGAUAAUGCAACAUGCAUCGAACAGAUCCCAAAGCAACUGAUCGUGAAUUUGAGACAGAAGAAGGCUGUAAAGAUCUUCGACCUGAUAACAAUCGAACCGUUGGCGACAAGGCAGGCAAGAUCGAGCCAGGAUCUGUGGACGAGAUUCCUUGAGAAUCAUGCCGUUAGCUUCGAUUUGCUGGACUACACGUUCCAGAUAACUCCUCGUGAAGACAAUACUAACGCGUUGAAUUUUGAGGUUUUCGAGAGCAGAACUGCUAAGGAUGUUUCGGAUCAGACUUCGAAGAAAUCUAGCAGUAAAGCAGAGGAAGACAAAGAAGAGGAUAAAUCUCCGAAAUUAGUUAUCAAAAGAAAGCAUAAGAAGAAAGUGAUGCAAGUCCUCAUCCCUAUGCUCUUCGGUAUGAAAUCAGCCGGCGCUGUCAUAUUUGCCUUCACCGUGGUGGCUGUGCUCACCAUCAAAGCAUUCAUAGCCAGCAAACUGGCGCUAAUGGUCACCGUCGGAAUGGCUCUGAAAAAACUCUACGACUCCUACGGUGUAGGUGUCGGAUUACAGAACCAUCCUUAUCUGUAUUCCCAAUAUCCGAUCGAUUUCCCAAGCGCCUCAUCGCACGCGUACUCCAUGAAUGGAGUGAGCCCCCAAUUUGCGUCCCCCGAUAUAUACAAUCCGACAGGGCUAGGGCAGUCUAAUGUUCAUGAUAUCCUUCAACACGACGCAAAUGCUCAACCGUCGCAACAGGCGCCAACAUUGCAACUAAUCAACGGCACGCGAGCUGCUGAACGAUGGGAUGGCUACCGGAGACGUCCAAUGUUCUAUGGAAGCUCGCGAACUACUUCAGAAUCCUUUUCGGGCUACCAACCCAGCCAAUGAGCUAUGCCCAGACGAUGUCAAUGCCAAUGUACGCCUUCCCACAAACUUAUAAUCCGGUAACGAUGCCCACAGGACAAUAGAAUAAAUUGAACAUACGGAUAUUAGGAUCAAGUGGACUCUAACAAUAAUAGCUAAAUGCCAAACCACCAGUGUUUCUUGAUCCUUGACCUUUUAUCUGGUGGUUUGGCAUUUAGCUAUGCUUGUAGAGCUGUGUCUUCAUUUAAUUAGACUUGCUCUGUAGUUUGUUUUUUUUGAUUAAAUCGAGACACAACUCUGAAGUCCCACCUCUUAUGAAGACUGAUUCUUGAUUAUUAAACAGCGCGAGCCCGUCGACUUUGUUAUUAUUUAAUUUAUUGUUUUUAAUUUUAAGCUCGUUUUA